AUGAGGAAUAGUUCACUAUAUGAUUUACAUGCCAUAAGUAGGGAGUUUGUUGCUGAUUUUGUUUUCUGUAAGGUCUUGAAUGCAAGGUUUUUUGAAGUGUCUGCAGCUCUAAAGGAAGCCAUAGAUGACCUUGAGUGGCCAGGAUCAAGCAUUCAUCUAAUCCUACAGCCUACACCACCAUCGGUUACCUUUAGAGGUGAAGGUCAUGGUGACUUACAGAUAGACUUUAUGUGUUAUGCCAACACUGAUCUUCUGGUUGCAUUUCAUUGUGAUCGUCAAGUCUCUCACAGGUAUAAAUACAAAUUUCUCCGUGCUACAACCUCAAACAUACCCAGCAGUGUCAUCCGGGAUAAUCGAGGAAGUAAGUUGACCAUUGGGAGAGGGGGAAUGCUCAAAGUUCAGCAUCUGGUCUCAGUUGCAAAACCAGCAAUGCCUCACCCACAUAUUGAUUCUGCUGGCUAUCAGCAACCCAGCCGUAUUGCAUAUAUUGAAUUCUUUGUCAAGCCAGAGUUUGAUGAUGACGGUGCGAAUGAUACAUAGGAAGUUCUUGCUUAACAAAAUUAGUUGCUCAAUGUUCUUAUUAAAGGGGAUAUUGGCAGCUUGAUUUAAAAACUUCCUCACGUGUGGAGUUACUAUCCUAAUUCCUCUGACAGCUUAAGUAGUCAGUGUUAGGAUAUGCAUUGGAGUUGUGUUCUCUUAAAAUCAGUGUUUAAGGGAUUUGUUUUGCGGAUCGUGAUAUAUUCAACUUGUGAUGGGUAGACGCAAGACAUUAGCAUCAUGAUAUUAAGGUUUUUUGC